CACAGAUGCGAACAGGGAAGACUGAUACAGGCACAAACAGAAAAAACAACUGAGUUAUGUGACUCUGUCCAAGAUGAUAUUACUGUUUUUCAGUCUUUUCUUUUGGAACACUCCUUCAUUUGCAUCUCUUGAAUCAUCUGUGCUGGAGAUUAACUGCCUUAUCAUAAAUCUGGCAUAUGUUAAUUGCACAUGGUAUGACAAUGGGACCCAAAAGUACAAUUACAGUUUUAAGAGCAAGUUUUCAGGGUAUGAAACUCUGGAGUGUUCAAAAUAUCACAAAUAUAAAAAUGUUAACGUGGGGUGCAUGAUUCCCUGCAAAGAAACACAACGCUUCAAUUCACUAAGCACAUGGCUGUACAAUGACAACGGCAGUUUGAUGAUAGAGCAGAAACAUGACCUGAUCGAUAAGGUGAAGCUUUACCCUCCGUAUAACCUAUCUGUGGUGGAGAGAAAAGAUGCCGAACUGUGGCUGUAUUGGAAUGUUACGGGACAGAACAGCAUUUGCAUUGAGAGCCAGGUUCGCCACAGGACCAACAACAAGGACUGGCAGAACAAAAAUCCAAGCAUCAAGACCUCCUUUAGUUUACCUUUUCCUUCAAAAAGUCUAUACAAGUUCCAGGUCAGGGCUCGGGUAUCGGCAUCCUGCGGAGAGUCCAAGUUUUGGAGUGAUUGGAGUGAGACUGUGUACUGGGGAUCUUUAAAGCCAAAUAAUGACACAGAACAUCCGGUUACCAUGUCUGUGAUGGCAUUGGUGCUGUAUACAGUGGGAGCCAUAAUAAUGCUUGUCAUACUCUCCUGCUUGCUGGUCCACAGCGAGAGGUUAAGAGUCAUUUUAAUACCAGUAGUGCCAAAUGCAGGCCGAAAUGUAAGCAACUAUCUUGCGGCUCUUUUCGACAACUAUGAUGGCAAUGUUGAGAAUUGGCUUUCCAUAUCCAAAGAUCUGGAGAAAGCCUUCAAACCCAAUUUUACUGAGAGUGCCUGCCCUGUUCGUGAGUACAGAAUAGUGUCCCAGUUGAGCAGUGAUAGUGAAAGCAUCAUCUCAAUCCCAACAGACAUGUCAUCAGAUUACCAACGCACGCAAAGCUACUCAUCGGCCUCCACCAUACCUGGACCUGCUGAAAACCCACAAACCCAGGCUCCAUCUCAAGUGUAUACUCCAGUCUAGACAACAGUCUUUAAAUCCGAGGGAUUUACAAUACAGCAGAAGCUGCUGAUCUGAAAGUGUUGGUUGUGUUAGGCAGUUGAGAGUUUAGAAAUUAGUGAAGAUUUUGUUUUGGCUCAUGCAGAUCUUAAAGGAUCUUCAUUUUCACCCAAAAAUGAAGAUUCUCUCAUCAUUUACUCACCCUCAUGCCAUCCCAGAUGUACUCUAUAUGACUUUCUUCUUCUGAACACAAACAAAGAUUUUUAGAAGAAUAUCUCAGCUCUGUUGGUCCACACUAUGCAAGUGAAAGGUGACCAGAACUUUGAAGCUCCCAAAAUUACAUAUAUGGCUAACUUCACACAGUCAGUGUAACUAUAUUUACUAAAGGUGUGAAUUGUAUUUUUAGAUUAUUCCGUCAUGAACCAUUUCUUCCUUCCAUGACUAAAUAUUUUUUCUGAUUCUGUCCCUUUCCUCUACAUUCCUCUCUGCAUAUAUAAAAUUUGAUUGUAUUAAACGUAUAACAUUAUUUUUGUUUUGUUGACAUAUGUACUUGUUUAUGUGUUAUGUAUAUUACAUCUUGGGAAAAUGUUUUAAAAAAUAAAAUGAUAGCUUAAAAUUAAACAAACAACAACUGUAAUAUCAAUAUUAUCCUUGGUAGCACAUGUAUGUUGCUGAAAUGUCUAUUUGAUGUGUGCAUCUUCAUCUGGAAGAUGUAUUUUUAGAGUGUUUAAUCAUCAGCAAUAAACUGAUAAAAUGUUUGCUGUUAGAUGUUAGUACAACAUUCAGUAGAUAUUUUUGUGACAUUAAGGAUUUUAUGUUUUUUAAUAUAUCUUUUUAGAUGUUUUUACACAAAUAUGAUGUAGAAUAGAAUGUGAUGCCUUAAAUAAAAUUUAAACAAGUU